UCUCUAACGUCAAAACAUGUUCAAAACAGGUUUGACACGGGAAUAACCUUACUUUUGGUUUACUUGGAUGAAGACUUGGAUUUGAAACACCAAUAAUUUUUAAUUAAAGAAAUAAUGCUUUGUAGAAAACUAAAUAGACGUUACAUAGCUUAUGGUUUUAUUUCCCUAAAUUUAAGUGAUAGAGUUACCAAGGAUACCGAAACAGCUAAAAAUGCCGAUUUAAGUGUUGUUAGGGAAGAGUCUGGUUGGGAUCGUGUAAAAUCAGUGUUUAAGAAGAGCGAAUACGAAGAAAUAAGUUUAGAGUUACAAUCGAUUUUACAAGUAGCAUGUUUAAGUUCUUUUGCUGGUGCAGUAUAUGGGGGCUUUUUAUAUAGUAGACAAGCUUACAUGGAUUUUAUAAGAAAUAACCAAGCUACAUUGUUUACAAAUCACAUUGAAGCAAAGAAAAAAUUACAAGAUAAGGUUACAUUAGGAUUUGCAAAAGGUGCUUUUAGAUGGGGAUGGAGGCUUACAUUAUUUUGUACAACGUAUAUGACAGUUUCUACUUUUGUAUCAACUUAUCGAAAUAAGCAUGGCAUUUUAGAACAUGUGAUUGCUGGAGCUACAUCUGGUUUUCUAUAUCAACUUCAGGUAGGACCCAAAGCUUGGAUUGUUGGUGCAGGUUUAGGUGUAUUUCUAGGAGCAAUUGGUGGUAGCUGCACAUUAGCACUAUUAAAACUAAGUGGCAUGACAAUGGAAGAAACAAGAUAUUGGCAAAACAAAUGGAAAAGUCCGAGAUUAGAAAAAUACAAAAAGGAAUAUCGUAAAUUCCUUGCAGAAGAAGAUCAUCAAUUAAUAAAGGAAAGAGAUGCCAAAUUUAAAAGUGGGGAAGGUUUAGAUUUAGAAGUAAAAUCAGAAGUUACAGACAAAGAAAUAAAAAAAUAAUUAGAAUAGUGGGUGUACAGUUAUUUAAUUAAUAAAUUUAUUUAUUCCUUAA